AUUAGUUGAUUGACGACACCAGUUGAAGAUGUGUAAUUUAAGGCAUAAAUAUUUCUAUUGAAUAUUUAUACUAAGGUGAUCAAGAUGGCUACAUAUUCUAAGUCAACUGUGGCUAGUGGCUCUGAUUCAUUUAUUGACUUUUGUUGUUUCCCCUGUUUAGAGCACAAAAUUGACCAGUGGGCUGACUUUUACUGCAAAAACUGUCAGAAAUUUUAUUGUGCAAAAUGUAUUAAUCUGCAUAGUCAGUUGUUUGGGACACAUGUGACAUACGGAAGGGGAGACACAAGUAAGUGGCCAGUGUCCAAGGAAGUGGAGGAUUUCCUUCAGAAGUGUGACCAUCAUGACGACAAACAUCUGGAAAUGUUUUGUGAGGACCACAGUCAGCUGUGCUGCACUAAUUGUGCUUUCCUCAAUCACAGACAAUGUGCUAAAGUAACACUGAUAUCCGAGUCAGUAAAAGGAUCUCCACCAAACUUGCAGCAACUAUCAGGAAAAAUCCAAAGCAUUCUUGAAGAAAUCAAGAAACUUCAGAAUUAUUGGGAUACCAACAUGCAGUCUUUGCAGGCUUCAUACGACAAACAAUUAUAUGUAAUACAUGACACGCGCAAAAAAACAAAUAGUAUUCUAGACAACAUUGAAAAAAACACCAUGAAAGAGCUAGAUGAUAAGUUGGCCAGUCUGAAAGCAUCUGUCAAGACUGAUGCAGACAAUUGCAGCAAACUCAAAAAUGAACUCAAGCAACUCAAUGACGCAAUACAGGACAUUGUUGAUAAGGGCAAAGCAGAACUCACAUUUAUUGCAAGUAAGAAAUGUAUGGAAAAGAUUAAGCAGUCUGAAACAUAUCUGAAGCAGAACUCGUUUCAGGUUGAAAGUUCACUGACAUUCCAGGCAGACAGGGAUUUUCAACAGUACUUGUCUAAAUUGUCAGGUCUGGGGAAGAUUGUACUCAGUACCAAGGAAACAUUAGUGUUAGUUGACCAGGCACUCACAGUACAAGGGAAGUCAGAGUAUAAUGUGCGCCUACAGAGUGAUUCAGAUAAGAACUACCAUAUCGAGGCCAUUUGUGUUCUCUCUGAGGAUCAGAUCCUUGUUGCAGAUUGUAUUAAUAAAAGAGUUAAGCUACUCAAUCAUCAAUACCAGGUGGUGGGUCAUUAUGAUUUAAAUAGUUUUCCAAUGGACAUGUGUAAAAUCACACCAAGUGAAGUAGCUGUUACGGUGGAUGACACUAGGACACAUGAGGUCCAGUUUGUCUCUGUGAAUGGUGGGCAGCUGGUUAAGGGCAGGAUGUUACAGUUUCAACAUGAAUGUAUUGGUAUUGCUCAUAUUAUGCAAGACCUGUAUCUCACUUCUGGCACUGCACUUUACAAGUAUUCAAUGAAAGGAGCCCUGUUGACUAAGUUGUAUGAAGAUACAUCAGACAAGUUUACAGUAUUUAAGUGUGCAGUGAGUCCUUCAGGUGACAAGGUAUUUGUCACCAACAGAUCCCAUAGCAAGGUCCUCACCCUGGCCAGAGAUGGUACAGUUCUCCACACCUUCCUAGACCUACGAGACCCAACAGGUAUUCAUGUGACUGAUGUGGGACAGGUGCUGGUCUGUGGAGGAUCAUCCCACACUAUCCUACAGCUGGAUGGGGAAGGCAAGAAGAAGCUGGCAACUCUUGCUACCAAGAGGGAUGGGCUUAAAUAUCCAUACUCAGUCUUCUACAAUAGGAGCACAGCAUCCCUCAUUGUGGGACAAUGGGACAGUAACAUUGUUGUGUUAAGAGUAAAAUAGGUGUUUUGUCACAAGUUUUAGUACAAACAUUUUGGAACAUGUACUUUACAUGAAUUCUUGGCCACACCAAACCUGUAUUCAGUAUUACGUUUCAUCACAUAAAUCACAUGAAUGAUUUAAUAUUGUCGUGCCUACUAAUGUCAAAUCAUGAAUAUGUUUGAAAAGGUACAUUUAUAAUUAACUUUGAAAGCAUGGAUCUAUUAUUUAGUGUUUUGUUUCAAUGCAUAAUUCUUGCGGGAUUAUAUAUUGUGUUGCAAUACAAUUUAAUAUGCGCUACCAUCUAUUGCUGAUAAUUAUUUUUCCUUUUCAAUCGCAUAUAAUCAGUGUAUUGUUGUUUUCUUGAUAUAUAUCUUAAAAAUGAAUAACAUGUACAUACAUGAUUUUUUUUGUGGUUAUGUUCUAUAAUAUUUUUGUGUAAUUGUUAUGCACAGUAAAAAGAACGGCAGAGUGCAAUUAAGGAGGGAAGGUUUUACAUUUUCAUUGUAUUAUUGAACAGUCACCAUGUGUUUUGUCCUUAAAAAUAUAAAGUUAUUUAGAUUGACAAUUAUGUAUUGUACAGACUUCUUAAAUUGUUGUUUUUAGAUUAUACUUUUGUUGAUUACAGUUAUAUAUGUAUUUACUUAUGUCAUUCAUGCUAUCUGCCUUUACUGUUCACUAUGUUUUGCUGAAUAAAUUAACUUUUAAUUACCGUAAAUUUGCGGCCAUAAGUAGACCAAAAAACGCUCCCAAAAUUUACUUUAAAAGUCAACUUGACUUAUGGAUGAGGUACUAAAUAAAAAUAAAAAAUAAACAUAUUUCUGUGCCGUCUUUUUUUAAAGUAAUAAAUCUCCGUAGCGGAGGAAUGAUGACUGUUUACGGUAAGGCCGACUCGUCUUUUACUUAAAUGUCCGCCGAUAACAAAAUACUUUACAUUGGUUUUUAAUUCAUUAAUCUUCGUAAUAAGUCCAAAUAAAAACAUGUGAAAAUAACUUCGAAAAUAUUUAACAUUAGUGACAUACGGUAAAGUGGCGAAAAUAAUACAUAGCAAUUUGUCUAUCAAUACAUCGUCCGUUGUCUCCUAAGAACAAUAGAAAAUCCACUGCUGACACUUGAACUCAUUUUAAGUUAAUCCGUUUAAAUACAAACUAUCAACAGGUGCAGGUGUCUUUAUGCCACCAAAAUAUCGCUUCUCGGCCUUUUGACUAAGAUCAAAGUGUAAAGUGUAGUGUUGGCAUCCUUUUGAUCAUUUGUCUUUAUUGCGUCACGCCUAAAAUAGUUAUCCGUUAAUGAUAUGCACAACGGUUCUGCUACAAAUACACAAUUACUUUCGAUUAUCUGCUAAGUAUUAAUAAGAUAAGAUGUUUUUCCAGAAUGCAGAAAAUAUUCCUCGGGUAUCUCAUGAUUUACGAAUAUAUAUUAUUAGUCGAAUAGCGAGCAAUGCGAGUGUUGGUAAAUUCACGUGUUUCACGCAUAAUGGCAAAAGCGUUGUUGAUUAUUUGAGAGCAAGUUACAAUAAUUUUGACCAUUGAAUGAAUUUCUGCGUUCAAGAUUUUACGGAAUUUUCACAUCAAUAGCACUAACAUUUGAAUACAAAAAUAUCUACUCAUAAUAGCAACGCUAAAACUUAUUACGUUAAACGGGAUAAUAAUUUUGAUUUGUGAAAUAUAUAUUAAGUUCAAAAUAAUGAAUGAUAUGUUAUUAUGAUUUUGAACAAUAAAAUAUAUUUUUCGUUAUAAUAAAUAAUUGAAAUGUUGAAUGUUUCGUUUUAAAUAUAUUCUUAUUAUUAAUAUCCCAAAAAAUGUCAAUUGCCGGUACAAAAGCCCUCAGAACCAUGACUAAAACGUCACUUAAACAUGUCCGAGAUAUUGAGGAAAUUUAUCCCCCGACUUAUGGCAGAGUCAAGGCAAAAAAACAAGUUUUUCUAGCCACAUUAUACCCCUCGACUUAUGGCCGAGGUAGACUUAUGGCCGCGAAUGUACGGUAUGUUCACAUUUCCCUUUGUCCUUUGCAAUUUCUUCCAAUUAAAUAUACAAAUAUUUGAA